UUAUGGGUUUUGAACUUUCAACCUCGCUGACUUUUCUCUCUCUUUGGAUGCAUAAAAAAUCCAAUUUCAGACUCUUCCAAUGUCUCUGUCUGUCAUAUUUUUCACCGUUCAGGCUUCUGUAACUGACGCAAAAGUAUACCUCCUUUUGGGAGAGUUCUGUUUUUGACCACACACAGACCUUGUUUUAUAUGGGACUCAUUGCUUUCAUAACCAUUGAAUAGUUAAGUUUUUGGCUUUACAUUGGAACUUGAAGUUUGGGACUUUGUUGAAUUGGGUGAUUUGCGUUGCCCAGAUGGGUAGGAGACGAAGGAAAGCUUUCGGCUUUGAUGAAGCUGCGGAUUUUCUGCACCAUAUUUUAGCAGAGAAGCCUCUGCUUCCAUUCUUGAUUCCUUUGAUAUUGUUUGCCUGGGCUAUUGAGAGAUGGGUUUUCUCUUUCUCGAAUUGGGUUCCACUCACCGUUGCUGUCUGGGCUACCAUACAGUAUGGGAGUUAUCAACGAAGAAUACUUGUUGAAGACUUGAAUGAAAAAUGGAAGCGUGUUCUAUGGAAUACCUCACCUAUAACACCACUGGAGCACUGUGAAUGGUUCAAUAAGCUGUUGAUGGAAGUAUGGCCUAAUUACAUUAACCCAAAGCUCUCGAUAAGGUUCUCUUCCAUUAUUGAGAAACGUUUAAAGCAACUAAAAUCAAGGCUUAUCGAAAAAAUUGAAUUGCUGGAGUGUUCACUGGGUUCAAGCCCACCAAGCUUGGGUCUUUAUGGGAUUCGUUGGUCAAUUUCAGGAGAUCGGAGAAUUAUGCGAUUGGGUUUUGACUGGGACACAACUGAUAUGAGUAUCUUGUUGCUUGCUAAGAUUGCCAAGCCAUUUAUGGGGACUGCACGGAUUGUUAUAAAUAGUCUUCAUAUCAAGGGUGAUCUUCUGCUGACACCAGUUCUGGAUGGGAAGGAAGUUUUGUAUUCAUUUGUUUCAAUUCCUGAAGUGAGAAUUGGAGUUGCCUUUGGAAGUGGUGGGAGCCAAUCACUACCUGCAACAGAAUUGCCAGGCGUUUCUUCUUGGCUGGUUAAGAUUCUCACUGACACCUUAGUUAAGACGAUGGUUGAACCUCGUCGGCGUUGUUAUUCUUUGCCAGCUGUAGACCUAAGGAAAAAGGCAGUUGGUGGUGUUAUACAUGUGACAGUUCUUUCAGCAAACAAACUUUCUAGGAGUAGCUUGAAAGGAAACUCAUCAAGAAGACAGCAAAAUGGUUCUGUAAAUGGUAAUUCCGAAGAGCAGAUUGUUGUUAAAGAUCUUCAGACAUUUGUGGAAGUUGAACUUGAAGAGCUGACUAGGAGGACAGAUGUGAGAUCUGGCUCAGGUCCCACAUGGAAUUCAACAUUCAAUAUGGUUUUACAUGAACAGACAGGAACUAUUAGAUUCCAUCUUUAUGAGUGUACCCCAAGCAAUGUGAAGUAUGACUAUCUAGCAAGCUGCGAAAUUAAGAUAAAGUAUGUAGCAGAUGAUUCUACAACAUUUUGGGCAAUUGGACCUGACUCCGGUGUGAUAGCCAAGCACACUGAAGUUUGUGGGCAAGAAGUUGAAAUGGUUAUUCCAUUUGAGGGGCUCAAUUCAGGGGAGUUGACGGUGAGGCUGGUGUUAAAAGAAUGGCAAUUCUCUGAUGGUUCGCACACCUUGAACAGCUAUCAUCUUAGCUCACGUCAAUCAUUCUAUGGGUCAUCCACUUCUCUGUCAAGAACUGGGAGGAAAAUUGGUAUAACUGUUAUGGAAGGAAAGGAUCUUAUUGCAAAAGACAAAUCUGGAAAGUGUGACCCAUAUGUAAAAUUACAUUAUGGAAAAGCCGUCCAUAGAACAAGGACUGCUCAUACUUCAUUUCCUAUCUGGAAUCAGAAGUUUGAAUUCGAUGAGAUAGGAGAUGGUGAGUAUCUUAAAGUUAAAUGCUGCAAUGAAGAAACCUUUGGAGAUGACAACAUUGGUUUUGCACGAGUGAAUUUGGAAGGAUUGGUGGAAGGGUCACUCAGAGACGUAUGGGUCCCCCUUGAACAAGUGAAUUCAGGAGAGCUAAGGCUUCAAAUAGAAGCAGUCAGAGUUGAUGACCAUGAAGAAUCAAGGGGUUCAAUUGGUUCUGGCAGUGGCUGGAUUGAACUUGUUCUCAUUGAAGGGAAAGACCUUGUUGCUGCUGAUCUCAGAGGAACAAGUGAUCCUUAUGUGAGGGUACAAUAUGGAAACUUGAAAAAAAGAACAAAGGUUAUGUACAAAACUCUUAAUCCCCGGUGGAAUCAGACCUUAGAGUUCCCUGAUGAUGGCAGCCCCCUGGUUCUGCACGUUAAAGACCACAAUGCUUUACUGCCUACUUCGAGUAUAGGUGAUUGUGUUGUAGAAUAUCAAAGAUUGCCUCCAAAUCAAAUGUCUGACAAGUGGAUACCCCUCCAAGGGGUGAAAAGGGGAGAGAUUCACAUUCAAAUUACAAGAAAAGUUCCAGAGCUAGACAAGAAACGUAGUUUAGAUUCUGAACCUUCCUUGACUAGAGCACAUCAAAUUUCUAGCCAGAUGAGACAAGUAAUGAACAAGUUUCAAUCUCUUAUUGAGGACGCCAAUAUUGAAGAACUGUCAUCGGCAUUGAGCGAGUUUGAAAGCCUCGAGGAUAUGCAAGAGGAGUACAUGGUGCAGCUAGAGACUGAGCAAAUGCUACUUAUUAACAAGAUAACAGAGCUUGGUCAAGAAGUUUUAAACUCAUCUCCUUCCUUAAGCAGAAGAUCUUCAGUUGCCUGAAGAGUUCCUACCUGUUUUUAUAUUGGUGAUGAUUUCUAGCCUUUGUGUUUAGUCUUACUUACACAAAAACCAUCACAGAGAGAUAAAGUGUAUAUGGUUCUAUCCUACCACUAAUAAGUCUCAUGAUUCAUGACGUACCUUCAAGUCGUGUAUAUUGAAUAUGAAUGAUGUGAUAAUUUUAUGGUAUCGAGGGAAGAGAUUUUAUUUA